CGCCCGCUGACCAGCGCCCGGACAACAUCCCUCCGCUCUCCUCGUCCUCUUCUCCUCACAAUGAAGACUGUUGUGUUGGUAGCGUGUUGUGUGGCGUGUGUGGUGGGCCGCCCCCAACCUGAUGGACCCGCCCUGCCCACGCCCGUCCCCAUCCUCCUCGACGAGAGAGUCCCCAUCGACGCCCUCGGUGGCUAUGGCUUCAAGUUCCAGACAGGAGACGGAUUGUCGUGGGCUGAGACAGCGUCUGCCAGCGGUCCUCUGAACGAGAUCGUCCGCAUUGGUCAGUACAGUUUCACCCACCCUGACGGGACGCCCCACCUGUUGACCUACACGGCAGGCGCGGGCGGGUUCCAGCCCAUCUCCGACCAUCUGCCAACACCUCACCCACUCGAGCCCUGGCACCUUAAACAGAUUGAGUUCGCUGCCCGCCAGAAAGCUGCCGCAGGAUCAGGAGAGAGUCAGGAAGCGUGAGCCCGAGGGAGCUGCGUCCGGCGUGUUUAGUCGAUAUGUUUAAUGUAUCUUAAUCGAUUGUUAUAUUUUAGUCUGUUGAUCUUUAUCCGAAUAAACGUUAAUGAAUUUC